UGCCGAAGUAUACGUACCGUUAUGUCUGUAUAAUAAAUUAAAAGGAAAAGUAUAACAAAGUCAUAACGACAAGAAAAAAUUAUAAAUCAAAGGAGAUUUUUGUAAUCUGUGCAACAAACAUCACUCGAUUACUAUGCAAUCUUCGACACCUUCGUCGAAUUGUGAGCUGGUGCCACCAGGAGCUUUUGUUGGCGGACGCGACUGUGAUGGCUCUCCCAUUUAUGUGGGUCGUUCAUUUCACAGAAAAGAUAAUCUACCGGCCAAAGUGAUACCCAGCAAAGGUUGCGCUUAUGUCUGCUGGCGCGGUGAGGAAAUCAAAAAAAGACAAUAUGAGGUGCUGGUUGGUGAUGGCUAUGAAUGGGUAACUUCCCGCGGUGGUUCGGUGCCACGCAACGCUGUACCCGGUGGUACCACACGCCAUGGUGAGCCAUUAUACAUAGGUCGUUGUUCUUACCACAACAGUUUAACCGUUGGUAAAAUACAUCCAUCACAUGGCUGUUUGUAUAUACCGUUUGAUGGUAAAGAAUUGCGUUUUCAUUCAUAUGAAGUCCUGAUCAUGAAGGCCGAUCGUCGAGUGGGUCAAGCCUCUUUUCAGAAGUCAUCUGCAUCUUCCUUUGAGAAGAUCGAUCUUAAUAUCUCUCUAAGUGUCGGGUUUUAGACAGUAGUUUAUAUCAGUGGUCGGCUUGAGAGAAACUGCGACAGUGUGAGUGAGCACAAAUCUAAAGACACCCACUGAGGGCUAUGUAUCCUUACAUUUGGACAAUAUUUUUAUUCUAUCGUGACACAAGCAAUUCUGUGCUAUUUUAUUCAUCUUAAUAUAUUACGAUUACAAAAAUUAUUUUGGAUCCAAUAGACCUUAACUCUAUUGGACUUAAAUAACCUAUAACAAAAUAAUAAUCUUUAUUUGCAUUCAUCAUUUUUACUAAAUUUAAUAAAUGAAACAAAUUUUUUUAUUUCAAAAAUAUAAUAUCGAGAAUACUGUUAUAUUGUUUUCCUUUCGGAAGGCAUUGCAUCCUUUCUGAGGAUAUUUUUCAUAAUAAGUAAAAUUCUAGUGGAGCUAAAAUGUAGCGAAGAUAGGUGCCCCCUACAUUUACAAAUUACAUACAUAAGUAUACAAAUUUUUCGUGAAUAUAAAAAUCUAUGCCAAAUGUUGCAUUAAUGGUUUCAAGGAAUGAAACGUGCCGAAAUAAUAUCAAUGGCGUAUAUUACCAAUGCAUUUCGAAGUCUUAGAAACGUUUCUAUCAAAUGCAACAUUCGAAAACGUGCAAAAAUACGAAGAAAGGGUGAGCUCUUACUGUGAAAUAAGGAGACAUGAUGAAGUACACUGAAAAUAGUUGUUUUAACUUUUCAUAUGUACAUACAUAUAUGGCAUUUAAUCAUCAUUCUAUUAAAAUAAAUAUGUAUAUAAUAAAGUUCGCUUUAGAUAUGACUUCCCAAAACAAAAUCACUCUCAUAAUUAAUUUAAAGAAAAUAUCUUCCCCCGAACAGUGUCAUACUUUCUCAAUUACUCGCUUCUCACCUCUUCAUCAUUAUGACAUAUGUAUGUAGAUAUUAUACUUACACAGGGGCGGAUCCACAGGAGGGGAAUUCUCCCGCAGUUAAAAGUUAUACAUUAUUUCUAUUGAGCCACAAAAAUAAUAAUCAAAUCCAAAAUAAACAUUCUAUAAUAAUAUUAGCGAAAAAAGUAUAUUCUAUAAGUUAGGUUAUAAUUAGGUUUAUAAUUGGCUCAGUUGAAUUCUACGACGAGAACAGUUAAAUAUCGACCGCCGAAGUGUACGUACCGUUAUAUCUGUAGAAAAAAAUAAAAGGAGAAGGAUAACGAAGUCAUAACGACAAGAAAAAAUAAUAAAUCAAAGAAGAUUCUUGCAAUCUGUGUAACAAAUAACACUCAAUAACUUUGAGAAAGUAAAAUUUACAAGGGAGGAAGGGCUAAGCUCGGUACAAGCCUGCACUUUCUCUUGAUUCUUAAAUAUGAAAGGCUUUAUACUAUCGAGUUGAAUUCGUACAAGAGAAUACGCGGAUACCUCAUUAAAGUGGUAAGGCCGUUAUCUUCAGUGUUACCAAGUUUUGUUUUGUAUGUAUAUUUUAGACAGCGUUGACUAUUGUGAAUGGUUGAAAUGGCAAAUAAAAUACAAAAAUUCUUGUAUUUAUAAAACAUAAGAUUUAACUAUACUAGUUUAUAGAAAAUCAAAAUAAAGAUUACAGCAAUCA